GCGGCGAUCUCCCACGGCGACACCGACGACAACACCUGCACGGAGUUCACGUGGGAGUGGCAGCGCUCCAACGGGGACUGGGGCCAGUACUCCGUGAGCCAGUCGCACCACAUCGAGAAGGCGUGGCGGGAGGGCGCCUCCCGGGUGCGACUGCGGAGCACCGCGGCCGCGGCGCCGCUGGAGAUCUUCCUCGUCGACAUGAAGCAGCUGGACCCCAUGUCGGGGCGCUGCAGG